AUGUUACAAGCCCAUACUCUCAAAAUUCCUCCAGGGAUCAAACCAGAAGAGAUUGAGGAUAGAACAAGAAGCAAGACAUCCUUUGUUCAGCAGAAAUAUCCCAAGCAAUGGUACCAGCAUAGACAACACCAUGAUGUUUGUGAAGUUGACAAUAGUGGCAUAGAAGGUCCAAGCGGUAUAAAUGUAUGUAAGAAAUGUAAUAGCCAAUUUUCAAAAACUAGUAGUGUUACUACUUUACGAAGACAUCUGAAACAAAUACAUUCAGUUGUUGCACCCAAAAUACAAAGAACUUUACAUCAAUACUGUAAUGAUCCUCAUAAUUCAAUUGAUCAGAGAAAACGUGAUGAUGCUGUGACAAAUUGGAUAAUUUGUGAUUUACAAUCAAUUAAUGUAGUAGAGAAAGAAGAAUGGCAUACAAUGAUUUCUGCUUUUGAUCCUAGAUAUAGAUUUCAUGGUAGAACUACCAUUCAUGAUCAUAUAAUGUUGAGAUUUCAAGAACAGAAAAAUAAAGUUAAAGCUACAAUAAAACAAAUUAGCAGAAAAUUUACAUAUGAGAAUACCUUCUGGCCUCAACUAUCAAAUUUUAUUCAAAAUACCUUACAAGUUGAAUCACAAAUUAAAAGACCUUUACACACAUAUUCACAUGAAGAAUUAUACAGAAGCAUAUAUUGGAUAUGUUUGCAAGGUUUCCAAAAAAGAUUAUAUCAAGAUCUGAAAUUAAUAAUAGAAGAAACAUUGGAAUUUAUAAAUAACCGAUUAGGAAACUAUAAACAAUUAGAUGAAUGGUUUCAAAAAUUUGCUGAAAUAUCCAUAAAUCAUGCAAGAGCUAUUGAGAUAUUGAGCAGUGAUAAAACUUUUGUAAAACAUACACUUAAUGAAAAUCUGAAAGAUGUAUUAGUAGAUAGGUUUCAAUGUAUUAUCAUUCAAAGAUCUGAGAUGCAUAUUAUUCAAGUAUUUAGUAUGAUAGUUGAUGAUCCUAAAUUAUUUGAUUCAAAUAUUGUCAAGGAGGUUUUAAAUAAUAUAUAUUUAAAUCCGGCAUUAUUUCAAAAUUUAAUUGAACAUAUGAUUAUACCAAAUGAUUUCGAAGCUAUUGAUUUUAGACACAAAGCUUUAGAAGCAAAAUACCAACUUGAAAAAUUAAAGAAUGGUGGAUUAGAAUCAAGAUUUCCACAACUAAAAAGAUCAUCUUCAGCAAUGAUUGAUGGAAUGAUACAAGAAAAAAUUCCCUGCAAAAGGCAACAAAUAUAA